AUUAUUUUGUUCAUAAAUGUAGGUAUCCUGGAAUUCAUCAGUGUGGCCGUGGGACUGGUCAGUAUCAGGGGCGUGGACAGUGGUCUUUACCUUGGAAUGAAUGACAAAGGAGAACUCUACGGAUCAGAGAAACUGACUUCUGAAUGCAUCUUUAGGGAGCAAUUUGAAGAGAACUGGUAUAAUACCUAUUCGUCCAACAUAUAUAAACAUGGAGACACUGGCCGAAGAUAUUUUGUGGCACUUAACAAAGAUGGAACUCCAAGAGAUGGUGCCAGGUCCAAAAGACAUCAGAAGUUCACUCAUUUUCUGCCUAGACCAGUGGACCCAGAAAGAGUUCCUGCGUUGUAUAAGGACAUACUGAUAUAUGCGUAAAGUGUGAUCCUGUCUUUCCUGAAGAACUAAACUACAACCAUUCUUUCUUAUUAGAGAUCCCAUCAUAAAAUAAUAACCCGAGGAGACAUUCAGAAUGUUACAGAGCCUGUUUUCCAUUGGAAGACUGAAUUUGGAAAGCAUAUUAAGAACAAACAAAAACAUUUCGACAUUGGUCAAGAUCUGUCUUUAUAAGUGGCUUGAGUUCCCUUAGGUACGCCGGCUCAGUCCUCAUUAGUAGAUUGAAGCUGAAAAUCUGUUCACCUGUGGAGAAUGGGAACCCCCCACCUAGUCUGCUGCUCUGGUGCCUCACCUCUCUGGAUGAUGUUUACUUUAAAAGUCACAUUAAAAGUAGAUACUUCAUGUUGAAGAAAUGGAUUGACAUAGUUGGCCAGGAUUACUGCUACAUAUAUUUUAAGGACCUUGAAGGAUUUUGCAGGUUAUGGCAUUCUAUGUAAAAAACCUGGGUAGAAUGUGGACUAUAAAACAUGCCACACCAAGACGGAACUUUUUUUUUUUUAAAGGAUGGACCUAUUUAUACAUUUUCAAUUUGCAAAUAUUUAUUAUAUAUUUA